AAAUAAAAAAAAACAAAAAAAUUAUGCGAUUUUCAAACCUCAACAAACAAUCACAGGAGCCAUCGAUUCCACCUCCCAUCCUCUCAUCUCCGCCACCGCGACGGCCGCCGGCGUAUACCCGCCGCCGUCGCCCACCCACGGCAAUCUAUGAGAAAGCUCCUCUCCCACCACCACCAUAAUGUCCUCUCCUCCUCCUCGUCCUUCCUCCUCCCGCCGUCGCCGUCGCCGUCACCUUCCCAAUUUCCGAUCGUCCCGGAUUACACCACGCACGAAAUCUUCUUCUUCUCGUCAAUCCCAAUCGCCAAAAGCGGGUUCGAUUUAGCCACGCUUGCCACCAUCGCCGCCCUCCUCCUCCUCUCCCUCAUCUCAUUCUCCGUCGUCAUCUACACGCGCCUGAGGUCACGCCGCCUCCGCCACCUCGAAAACUUCAAUUCUCUCUGGACCGUCCGAUUGCUCCUCGUCACGAUCACAUCAAUCUGGGCCGUUAACGAGAUCCUCCGCCUCCCAUUGGUCCGCAGAAAAUACCUCUACCCAUUUCUACCCACGCUGAAUCUACACCAACAAUCCAACAUCUGCAAAAUCCACGUCGUUCUCUCUCUAGGGUUUCUCGAGCCGAGUUUCUUGGUAACCCUACUUUUCCUGGUCAACGUCUCGAUCAAAAAGUCAAACCCUAGCCGGAUGUGGGCCCUGGUCUCGCUGCUGGCGGUCUGCGCCCCCGUCACGCUGCUGCAGCUGUUCUUCGUCUACUCCUCGCCGCUGGAGGGGCGGCUGCCGAGGUUCAUGCACGGAAGCUCCGUCGCCGGGAGCGACUAUUUCGGGAGCAGGACGGCGCUCUGCACCUACCCGUUCUUCAGCAGCGUCGUGUUCGGCGGCUUCGCCGCCGCGUACGCGGUGGCGUUCCUGUGCUCGUGCUGGAGGGUGAUGGACCUGGUGAUAAACAAGGGGAUCAGGAACAGGAUCUACCUCCUCGCCGCCGCCGUGAUGGUGGCGCUGUCGGUGCAGAUCGCGUGCCUCAGCCUGUCGUGGCUGUGGAUGCCGGAGGAGGCGGCGUACGGUUACGUUGUGCUCGCCAUGUUUCUUUUUGUCGCCGGGAGCAUGGCGGUUGGGGAGGUUAUUUUGGUCAUUAAACCCAUCGCGGAGGCGCUGUCGGCGGCCGCCGAGUUGCAGCGGCGGCCGGCGGAGGAGAGGACGACGAGUUUGUAGUAAUGAGGGUGGUGAUGCAUGGGUCAUUUUUCGGGGAUUCUAAGGGUGUUUUGGUCAUUUCAAGACAACGCAGAUGGGGCUGAAAGAUGUCAGUGCCUUAAAUGCGCCCGUCAAGAUCACGACUACACCUUCGAGUGCCGCAU